UUUUUUUUUUUUUUUUACUUUUCUUUCCAUCAUUUCCCGAUUUUCUCUUACUCCAGUUGUGUUCUGUAGAGAAAACUUGUGUCUAUUUUGGUUACCCUUCAAGCAGAUCUAUUCUGUGAAAUGUAAAAUUUUCAAUUUUUAUCGGUACCUUUUUUCUCUUCUGUAGAUCUCUCAUGAUGUUCUAUACUUAGAGAUCUUGUUUUUCUCGCCAUUGUUCGUAUCAAGGUCUGUUUUUCCCCCCUCAGGUUUCAGAUCUUAGGUCCACCAUGGUGUAGAUUAAGUCGUUUGGGGUGUUUGUUUUGUUUUUCCUUUUUUACCCCUUCCUUUCGGAGAAGAUGGAAACUUUCCCGGAAAAUUUGGGGGGUUUGGGCUGCUAAGUUAAGAAAAGAGAAAAAUUGGAAGAAAAUAAGAGAUGAAUUAUUUCCCAGACGAGGUAAUAGAGCAUAUAUUUGAGUAUGUAGGUUCACACCGUGAUAGGAACGCUUUAUCUUUAGUGUGCAGGAGCUGGUACAGAAUAGAGAGAUGCACAAGAGAGAAAGUGUUCAUUGGUAACUGCUACUCUAUAACCCCUGAGAGGUUGAUUCAGAGGUUCCCUUCUUUGAAGUCUCUAACUUUGAAGGGAAAGCCUCACUUUGCUGACUUCAGCUUGGUCCCUCAUGGCUGGGGUGGAUUUGUGUAUCCAUGGAUUGAAGCACUUGCUAAGGGGAAGGUUGCGUUGGAGGAGCUUAGGUUGAAGAGAAUGGUUGUCUCUGAUGAGAGCCUUGAGCUUCUUUCUCGUGCUUUCCCUAAUUUCAAGAGUCUUGUUCUUGUUAGCUGUGAAGAGUUCACUACUGAUGGUCUUGCUGCUAUAGCUGCAAAUUGCAAGUGGCUUCGAGAACUUGACCUUCAAGAAAAUGAAGUUGAUGAUCACAAGGGUCAGUGGCUUAGUUGCUUCCCCGACAGCUGCACGUCGCUUGUCUCUCUUAAUUUUGCUUGCCUUAAAGGAGAGAUUAAUACUGGAGUGCUUGAGAGACUUGUUGCAAGAUCUCCUAACCUUAAGAGCUUAAGAUUAAACCGCUCUGUGCCCCUUGACGCACUCCAGAGGAUAUUGGCGCGAGCCCCUCAGCUAGUAGAUUUGGGAGUAGGGUCAUUAGUCCAUGAUCCAGCUAUGGAGACCUUCGCCAAGCUAAUGACUACCAUGAAUAAGUGCAAGUCAAUAACAAGCUUGUCGGGAUUUUUGGAAGUUACUCCUCGCUGCCUCACAGCUAUGUAUCCUAUUCUUCCGAAAUUAACAUCCUUAAACUUGAGUUAUGCAGCAGGCAUUCCAGGCAGUGAUUUGAUAAAAUUGAUUCGUCACUGCAAGAAACUUCAGCGCUUAUGGAUAAUGGAUUCCAUUGGAGAUAAAGGGCUAGGUGUUGUAGCUAACACGUGUAAGGAAUUGCAAGAAUUGAGGGUUUUUCCUUCUGACAACAUUGGUCAGCAUGCGGCUGUCACAGAGAAGGGAUUGGUUGCGAUAUCUAUGGGCUGCCCGAAACUUCACUCAUUGCUCUACUUCUGCCACCAGAUGACAAAUGCUGCCCUAAUAACUGUGGCCAAGAACUGCCCAAAUUUUAUCCGCUUUAGGUUGGCUAUCCUUGACGCAACAAAACCCGACCCCGACACAAAUCAGCCACUGGAUGAAGGUUUUGGGGCGAUUGUGCAAUCUUGCAGGCGUCUUAGGCGGCUUUCCCUCUCUGGCCAGCUGACUGAUAAGGUAUUCCUCUACAUCGGAAUGUAUGCUGAGCAGCUUGAGAUGUUGUCCAUUGCCUUUGCCGGGGAGAGUGACAAGGGGAUGCUCUAUGUUCUGAAUGGAUGCAAGAAGCUCCGCAAGCUUGAGAUCAGGGACUGCCCUUUCGGCAACACAGCACUUCUGACAGACGUAGGGAAGUAUGAAACAAUGCGAUCCCUUUGGAUGUCGUCGUGCGAAGUAACCGUCGGAGCAUGCAAGGUGCUAGCAAUGAAGAUGCCGAGGCUAAAUGUUGAGAUCUUCAACGAGAAUGAGCCAGCCGACUGCGAGCCGGAUGAUGUGCAGAAGGUGGAGAAGAUGUACUUGUACCGGACAUUGGCUGGGAAGAGGAAAGAUGCACCGGAAUAUGUAUGGACCCUUUAGGUGCAUUUUUAGGUCAAUUUUAAUUUUAUUGUUAUUAUUGAGCAGUUUGUACGUUAGGCUGACUUAUUAAUGCAAUUUUAGCCUUGUGUAGUGGUUGGUUUGUUA